AUGGAGACGCCAAUCUGGGAGCUGCGAGCGUCGAUUGACUACAGCCGAGCCCUGAUUUCGCGCUACAACCCGAUCUCCAAUCUGCCGUACGCGCCAAGCUUUGACAGCAGCACAUCAGAAGCCAGUACACUCUAUAUGGAACCAGUCGACGAAACCGUCUAUUCCACCCCGCUCACCUCCAGAAAACCGCCAUUAUUUUCCAUUACGCAGUCGCGAUUA